ACUUUUCACCUCCUUCUGCGGUUUUUUCAUCUCAAAGGCUCCUUCUUUUUCCUAAUGUAAUUCGAUGCGUCGGUUUAUGAGUUUCUUUUUUCUUCACCGAUGAUCGUGCUUUUGGUCACAAAUUCGAGAGAGUUGUCUAUAGUUAUUAUUCAUCUUUUCCCGUAAAAUAGCUAAAGUCUCGAUAUAAUUUUGAGAACUAGCUAUGAUGGCAAAAUUCUCAGGUCUUUUUUAGCUGUAUUAUUUACGUGAGCAAUCAUGGGACCAGAAUCUAAAGGAAGAGCUUGGUUUAGUAAAAUCUACAACAAGUUGGAAACUUUACUAGUUGAGGUUGACUCUUUCACUUCUCAGAGCACGCUAUGUUUGAAGUCAAGUGAUCUUCCGGGGUUUAAAUCUGUUAGAGGUGAACCAAAUGAAGUAGCAGAGGGACGCUCUUCUUCCCUAACUUAUAAUGUGAAGCAACACCAUGAUGAUCAUGUUGCUUCACCGCGAUGUGAAAGCCCUUCUGUUCCACCGUCACAUCAGGACUUUGACAUGCCAGGACAUGUUGUGGUUCAGAAACGAGUUCAAGGAGAUAUCUUGGAGGAGGAUUUAUCAGCCUCCUCAUUUCCUGAUGGGGAAAUAGUCUCCACAUCUCCAUUGCUCGAAGAGGACUGUUAUGCAAAUCUGACGGCAUCAACUUCUACUCUUGCUGAUGAAGAACAAUUAUUUACUGAUGAAGAGUCUCAGUUCUAUUAUGAUGGAGAAACACACUCUACAUCUCCAUUGCUUGAAGAGUAUCAUGAUGCUAAUCUGACUGCUACUGUUGGUGCUGAAGAAUCAAAAGUUACUGACAAAGAGUCUCAUAUCACUUACACUUUGAAAUCUCUGGAAUUUUCUGAUCAACCAAAGGAAGUCGCAGAGGACAGUUCUUCCAAAGCUUCUAUUUUGCAGCAACACCAUGACCCUGUUGAUUCACCGAUGUGUAAAAGUCCUUCUGAUCCACCGUCACAUCAGCACUUUGACAUUUCAGGACAUGUUCUGGUCGAGGAAGGAGUUCAAGGCGAUACUUUAAAGGAUAAUUUAGCUCAAGAAGAUGGUUUUAAGGAGAAUUCAUCGGCCUUGUCUGACGAAGAAACACUCUCUACAUCUCCAUCGCUUGAAGAGUAUUGUAAUGCUUCUCUGACAUCAGCCUCCACCACUGGUGAUGAAGAACCAAUCAUUACUGAUGAUGAGUCUCGGAUCACUAACACUUUAACCACUCAGACGUCUUCUCCUGGAAUCUCUUCUUUAUUUCCAGGCGUUGUAGAAGAAGUUAGAGUUGAAACCUCCUUGCCUGAUGGAGGAAUACUCUCUACAGCUACAUUGCUUAAAGCCUACUGUGAUGCUAGUUUGACAUCAACCACUACUCUUGGUGAUGAAGUACCAAUAUUUAUCGAUGAUGAGUCUCGGAUCACUAAUACUUUCAUCCCUUAUAAAUUUUCUCCUGGAAACCCUUCAGUUUCUCCAGUCGGGGAAAGUGUAGAAGAAGUUAGAGAUGACUCGUGCAAAGAUGUUGUUUCCACAAAAUCUCAAUCUACUCAAUGUUCUAUGGAAAGUUUUGGGACAGUAGUAGAGUGUAAUGAUGACCCCGUUCUAGUUGCGCUUGGAAUCUUUACGGAUAAUGAUUCAAGUCUAAAUGAUUCACUCGCCACCAAGAUUACAGAUGUGCAUGUUCAAGAUAAUGUGACAAACACGAGAUCCUCUAAUGCGGAUGAUGUGAUGAAUGGCAAAUCUGAUGUUGCUCCAUUGGAUAUCAAUGCAUUGUACUGCAUUGACUUUCGGGACGGCCCCUCGUAUGUUGACGACUGUGCAAUGCUUGUUAGGACCAUUGCUCCAUUGGAUACCAAUGCAUUGUACGGCAUGGAAUCUCGAGAAGCCCCCUCGUAUGUUGACGAAAGUAUGCUUUAUGCAAUGCAUCUUAGGACUAAGAAACUCAGAUCCUUAAAGGGAAAGAUCUUGGAUGCUUUAACUUCGAAAAGAAGAAGAGAGAAGGAAUAUGAGCAACUUGCAGUUUGGUUUGGAGACGCGGAUAUGGGUUCUGAUCUGGCCACUGGGGAAGACUCUAAACAAGUGGAAGCCAUGGACUCCAAAAGCUCACUCCUACUUGAAUCAGAAGAUUCCCAGUGGGAGCUAUUAUGAGAUUUUUGUUCACCUAAUAUAGUACUAAGUUAAAAAUCCGGCCUGUGUUUUAUCUUGACUCUUGAGUGAAACUCCCGUUACCUUAUUUAAACAUAAAGGAGCUAAUCUGCUCUCUGAUUGAAUUUUUUUUUGAUAGUGAAUAACCAAACAUAUUA